AUGGCCGCCCGAGUACACGCAUCAAGGCUAGCACGUUUUGGGAAUAGUAGCCAAAGUGCAAGUAUCCGUUUCGCUUUCGUGAUAGGCGCGCUCUUGACAAUAAUAUAUUUCGCCGGGCGGGCGGUUUCGGUUCAUUACAAUAAUUCGGUGAAAGGACGUGUAACGGUGCCAGUUCAUCACAAGAAUUCGGUGAAAGGACGUGUUACGCUUUGCAUCCCCGCGCUUCCGAAAGAUUUGUUGAAAAACAGCGGAGCCGUGUUUCGCGAGACACUUCAGAGUAUCAGUGAACAGAGCACCCCUCCCUACGAAGUAAUAAUUGGUUUAUCUGAGUCAACUACAUUCGAGGGCAUGAGGUUGCAGUCGAUGUUCAAACGGUCUUUGGGGCAAAUACCACUUCGUAUUGUAUCGACUACUGAGAGGGGUUCAGUAGGCGCGAACCGAAACAGGGCAGCUCGAGAGGCUGUCACAGAAUACGUCUCGUUUUUCGACGCCGACGGCGAUCUUAUGCAUCCUCGGAGGAUUGAAUUGAUUGAAAAUACUUUCAGAUUGUAUUCCGCAGCUCUUAUAGUACUGCAUUCCUAUACCAAAGAGAAGACAAUCGCAACGGAAGACACUGUGUCAUUCGACCUAAUUUCUGCAAAAGAACUGUGCAAUAUUAAUAGUCUUCGCUCGCGGAGUAUUGAUAAAGCUUUAUUUCAACCUCAGAGAGAAUGGCUUCUCCCUGAUAUACAUCAUGGGCACCUCUCUGUUCGCACAAGUCUUGUCAAAGCGAAACCUUUCUCAGAGGAUUUUUUAGGUCGCGAAGAUUCACAAUAUAUUAAUGAGGUCGUGGAGAAUGCGCAGUGCUCCUCGGCCAAGUCGGCUGUCUUUAUAAGAACUCCGUUGACACUCAAUUAUAUUCCACGAAGCUUACAACCUUCACAGUGA